GGGCCUAGGGGAAGUUGGCAGAGCCCUGGAGGCCCUGAGCAUCUGCGGUCACUAUGACAACCUCAGAUGCCUCGAGUUCCAGAGCAGCCGGUGGUGGAGUUGAGAGGCCUGGUAGCACUGGGCCGUGGAGACCCCGGUGACAUGAGGCGGCAGGAGGCGCUGGUGGUGGCUGCAGGCACAGCGGUGGAGGCGGGCCGCGAUGGGGAGCAGCCGAGGCCCGCAGGGCUGGGGUGCCGCGCGCGUGUUGAGCCUGGUGGCCCGCAAGAGUCCCGCCAACAAUGGAAGACGUUUUUAUACUGUGAGCCCCAUAAGAGAAUCAAGGAGGUUUUGGAAGAAGAACUCUCUAUCAAGAGGGAUGAAUGCCACGUGAAAAGCCCACCCACAGUGGCCUUGGAUGGAAUUUGGAGCAUUAAACGGAAUCUCCCUGUGGGAGGCAUGAUGCCAGGACAGCAAAGCAGAAACAGUUCACUCCCACAAGCCAAGUACUACUCAAGACAUGGAGGGCUGAGAAGAUAAGAUGGACACAUCCUUCCACAGAGAUGGAACUUUCAUUCUUCUAAUGUCCAAAGAUAGAAGAAACCCAAGCUUGUUUCUCAACUUAAAAUGUAUGGGGGGGGAAAGUUGUUUAGUCUGUAAUACUGAUAUAUAAAUCAAUCCAAAGUCAUGAAAUACUAUUGGGAAUAUAUAUAUAUAU